ACUACUCGUCCGCAUUUCCUCGCAUCCCCAUUGAGCUAUUUUGCAUUGUUGUUCACAAUUGAUUACGCGCCGGUCCAUCGCCACCAGUCCACAACCGGAUCAUGGCUGCACCGACGUCGUCGGGGUUGUCGAACAUCAUGCUAGCAGUCCACGAGAAGAAGACAGUGAGCGUGGACCUCUACCGCCCUAUCCGCAACUACAUCACAAUCAACUACUCCGAACGGGAAGCUCAGAACCUCGAGGACGACCUCGAAACCCUUAAGCUCCUGCGUUCUGAUAUCGAGCGUGGCGCUCCCGACUCCCUGCCUUCCCGUCGAGAUCUCCUCCAGAGUUACUUUAAAGCUAUGUGCGCUGUCGAGUCCCGCUUCCCCAUUUCACCUGAUAAGGAUCAUAUCAAUUCAGUGACGUUUACCUGGUACGACGCCUUCAAGAACAGGCAGAAAGCUGCCCAGCAGAACAUCCAUUUAGAAAAAGCUGCAGUUCUGUUCAAUCUGGGGGCAGUUCACAGUCAAAUUGGGCUGAGUUUUGAUCGAUCGUCUGUUGAUGGGAGAAGGCAGGCCUCACACUCAUUCAUUGCAGCAGCUGGAGCAUUUGCGUUCUUGAGAGACAAUGUUGCAAUGAAGGCGUCUACGGGGAGUUCUACCACUGUGGAUGUGUCCGUGGAGUGUGCUGGGAUGUUAGAAAGGCUGAUGCUUGCUCAGGCUCAGGAAUGUGUUUUUGAGAAUACAAUUGCCAAAGGAAGCAGUCCUGUUGUCUGUGCAAAAAUUUCAAGACAGGUUGGGAUUUUUUAUGAGGAAGCUUCGGCAGCUUUAAAUGCUGCACCUCUUAACCAGCACUUUGAAAAAGCAUGGAUUGCUCACGUCCAGCUUAAGGCGGCUCUGUUCUAUGCUGAAGCUUGUUAUAGGUUUGGUUUAGAGCUCCAUGGGAAAGAAGAGAUAGCUGAGGAGAUUGCUAGGUUGAAGAGUGGGAUCAGUGCCCUAUCUGAGGCAAAAAAGACAGCACCGAGAGGUACAGCACAGCAGCUAUUAGAUGCAAUCAACAAAUUAGAAGUCAGGCUAAAUCAAAAUUUGGAGAUAGCUGUGAAGGAGAACGAUAGAGUCUAUCUCAUGAGGGUUCCUCCUGCUAGUUCUUUAGCUCCUCUUCCAGCCUUUUCAAUGGUCAAGCCUUUGCCCAUGACUGAGGUGCUGGAUGCAAGCAAGGAGAAGAUGUUUGCAAGUCUUGUUCCUGAUAACAGCGCAAAAUCUCUUUCCAGAUAUACCGAAAUGGUUGAUGAUGUUAUCAGGACUCAAGCUGAGAAACUUCAACAAGGUAGUGAACUAGCUCGUGUGAGGCUUAAGGAAAUGGACUUGCCUGACUCAAUUUUGGCGCUGGAGGGAAGUAUUUCUCUGCCUACAGACCUGGGAGGCGAAGUAGAGGCAGUACAGGUCUGUGGUGGCCCAGCGGCAUUGGAAGCAGAGCUUCAGCAACUCAAAGAUCUGAGUAGGGUGAACCAUGAGCUUUUGGUGCAAGCUGAGGAGCUUUUGCAAAAGGAGGCAACAGAAGAUGCAAAAUUUAGGAGCCAAUUUGGAACACGAUGGAUUAGGCCCCAAUCUAGUACUCUAACAAAAAACCUGCACGACAGAUUAAACAGGUAUGCAGCAAAUUUGAAGCAAGCUGCAGAAAGUGAUGCCAGAAUUGAGCGAUCUGUGAGAGAUCAUUCAGUACUCUUGUCAAUCCUUGACCAUCGCCCAAUUGAGUCUGUACUCCCAUCUUUGGCAAGACCAAUUAUGUCUCUGGAUGCCAAUGAAGAUGCUGUUGUGGGAGCACUGAAGCACAGCUUGAGGCAAUUAGAGAGUCUUGGUGCUCAAAGAGCUGGUCUUGAAGACAUGCUGAAGGAGAUGAAGAGGAAGGAUGAUAUCUUGCCCAAGUUAAUGACAUCUCCUGGCUCCCUUGAAGAUCUUUUCAGAAAGGAGAUUGGGAAGUAUGCCAAUAUUUGCGAAGAAAUUUCAAAAAAUCUUGAGGCACAAGAACAAUUAUUGAUACAAAUUCAGGCUCAAAAUGAGGAUUUUGCUGCAAUCUUCAAUCUUGAAGAUUAUAAAGCAUCCCGUGAGAAGAUGUACAAGCAGAUUGAAUCUGGUAUAGGGAAGUAUCGAGAAAUCAAGGAUAAUAUUAAUGAGGGAUUAAAGUUCUACGUUACUCUUCAGGAUGCUAUCACAAAUAUAAAGCAGCAGUGUAGCGAUUUUGUGAUGACUAGAAAUAUUCAAUGCCGGGAAAUGGUUGAUGAUGUUCAAAGACAAAUGUCAGGUCUCAGUUUUAAGGAUGAUAAAAAUCCGCCAGGUGGUUAUAAUUACCCUUCCGGUGGGCAGCAUAAUCCUCAAAGAUCAACUUCUCACCAAACAGACCCUGCAAAUGUCUCCAAUGCUGUUCGAUUCCAAUCUCCAUACCAGCCUCCUCAGCAGCCAAGUCUCCAUAUCCCCGGGCAUGCCCAUAAUCCUUCCUCCGCUUAUGGUGCUCCCCUACAACCACCGCCACCUCAUUACCCUUUGCAAGCUUCUGGUCCCCCAUACCCCCCACCUCCUCAACAACACCAACACCAGCCUCAACCUAGCCACGACUAUGGUCAGCCUGCUUAUCCCGGGUGGAACCACCAUCCAUAUUAUAAUGCCCCUCCUCUGCAGCAGCCAGGAUCUAUGCCUCCACCUCCAUACACUAUUCAUUCUCAACACCCACCACCCAACCAGAGCAGCUAUUAUAGACAAUGAUUGUGAUUUUCAUUUUCUUUUUCCUCUCUACGUGUUUGAUUGCUUGAAUAUAUAAAAGGACUUAUUUGAGAGUUGAGAAGAGUGGAUGCCCAUUAAUUACAUAAUUUUGUGUGUAAAUGAGAGAAUAUUGCAUAGAACGUGCUGUGUAUAGGGUUUUCAUCUUGGAUCAUACUGUUUAUGCUGUUCAUUAAAAACCAUUACACAUUCUUUUGAGUUACUGAA